AUAGCUACAUUUAGCUAGGUGCCACUCACUCUCUCCCUCGCCAUGGAUCGAGUACCAUGUACCAUCGUAGCUCUAUAUAUAACCCGGUGGUUCGUCCAGAGUCUAGCUCCAUCCAUUAGCAUCCAUCUCCGGCUAGCAACACAAACGACCUUCUCUUUCUCCUCUUUCUUCAGGGUAGUCGGCCGGAGUCCGGGACGAAGCCGGCGGCGAAGACUCCAAAGAGGAUCAUCAUCAGUUCAUCGCACAAAUCGACCAGCCAUGUGUAACAACAGCGGCGGCCGCGGCGGGGCGAUGGCGGCUCGGAAGGGGCCGUGGACGGAGAACGAGGACGCCCAACUGGUAUGGUUCGUGCGCUUGCUCGGCGAACGCCGUUGGGAUUUCUUAGCUCAGGUCUCAGGUCUCCGGCGCACCGGCAAGAGCUGCCGCCUCCGCUGGGUCAACUACCUCCACCCGGGCCUCAAGCGCGGACGCAUCACCGCCGACGAGGAGCGGCUCAUCCUCAGCCUCCACGCCGAGUGGGGCUCCCGGUGGUCCAGGAUCGCUAGGAAGCUCCCCGGCCGCACCGACAACGAGAUCAAGAACUACUGGAGGACGCACAUGAGGAAGAAGGCCCAGGAGGAGAAGAUGCUGGCCAAGAAGAAGGCCUCAUCCUCGCCCUCCUCCUCCUCCUCCUCGACCACGUCGCUGACCUGCUCGGCCUCCCCCACGGCCACGUCGUCCUCGGCGGCCACCACCGAGGCGCCCCAGGAGAGCACUACUACUAGCAUGGACGACGAGGCCGAGCAGGAGGCCACCACGUCGGCGAGCGAGGAGAAGAAGGCGGAGGUGGUGCAGUACUGCUCCGCCGUGGACAUGGACCAGCUCUGGAACGACAUCGCCGCGUCGGAGAGCUACCCGGAGAUGAUGAUGAGCUGGGGCGCAGCCGGCCACGUGGCCAUGCCCGCCCCCGCUGUGGAGCCCUCGUCGCCGGUGUGGGAGUUCUGCGAGGAUUACUCCCUGUGGAGGAUCGACGACCAAGAGUACUACAACAAGAUCGAUCAACACGCUCUGAAUUGAGAGGCUUUCGUUACGUUUCUCUUGUUGUUCUUGUUCUUCCUAGCUAGCUAGCUUAAUUGCAUGUAUUACUAUAUACUAAUUCAUGCAUGUAAUUAUAUGUAAAACUUGAGUUGUGAGAUUAUAUUGGUGACAGCUUUUUGCGCA